UUAAACUUUAUGCAGUCGACCCAAAACUCCAAUUAUAUCAACGCCAGAAACUGGUUACCAGAACAAAAGAAUUAUGACAUCGGCUCGUCAAUCACCUUGAUUUGUAAACCUAGAUUUAAACCCGAAUCGAAAUCAUCCGUCAUGUGUAAUAGUUUACAUGCUUCUUUUUGUCAUUUGCCCAGCUGCAAAGACAUGGAUGAAUGUGUUGUAGGGGUGCAAGACAUCAAUUCUGCAAACUGCAUAGCGCAUGUCAUCACAAUGCUGAAUGUAGCAACUCCAUUGGUUCAUAUAAAUGAAUGUAUUGACCGAUAGUAAUGCUAAUAAUCCAUGCAACCCUAGUUGCCAAAGAAGGGCUGGUCAAAAGUUCUAGUGGGGCAAAGAGUGGAAAUUCUCCCCCAAAAUGGACGCAAUCAAAGACAAGGUAAAAGCAAGAUUUUCAAAAUCAAAAACACUUUAGACAAUCUAAAUACUUCUUUUGUUUGCUUGCAUAGCUAUCAUUAAUUACGAGUUUAUUUUCAGAAUAUUCGCUGGAGUCACAUAGCAGAACUCAAAGCGAAAUUCUGCGUAUGUUAAACUUAUAACUUUUGACUGUUAAAAAUUCAUCCUGUACCGUUUAAACGCAGCCUUUAAAUGCAGGCAUUUAUCUACCACAUUCAUGCCUUCACCCAGCCUAUACCCAAAGAAUGACACUUCUACUGUUUACAUUUUUGAAAGCUUAAGGAGGCUCAAAACGGUUUUUCUUGAGCAU